AUGUUAACAGUUAAAUCUGUCUCAACAAUCUGUCAAAUCUCUGUCAACUUAGUACUCCUUGUGGUCGCAACAGCGUGCGCUGCUGCUGUGGAAUUUAAUCCCGACCUAUUAUGUACCUAUAUAGCCAACAAUACCAAAAUUAAGGAUCCCUCGGCUUGCAAUAAAUACAUAACAUGUGUAAACCAAAAACCGUUACCCGGUAUUUGUGAGGGUGACCUGUUCUACGAUCGCAAUACAGGUAGUUGUGUACCACCCAAUACUGUUAAGUGUUAUUCCAGUAACCCCUGUGCGGCUACACCCGGGGUUGAUGGUUUUGUUUCCGAUCCUUAUUCCUGCAGUGGCUAUUUCUAUUGUAAAAAUGGUAAGGGUUCACAUGGUGCCUGCUCCAGUGGCAUGAAUUUCAAUCCCAACACCAAGAAUUGCAUUCGAAAUUAUACCUGCGAGGUGAAAAUAUUACCCGAAGACUAUUGUAAUAUUGUACCAGAUGGUGUAUUCAUUAAAGUACCAAAUUCCUGCAAUGCCUAUCAAAUGUGUUGGCAUGGGGAGUUAAUAAAUGGCACAUGUCCUGAUACAUUUUAUUUUAAUGCUUUCAAAGGUGAUUGUGAUUAUCCCACAAAUGUGGAUUGUAUGGAAACUACAACAUUGGCGCCAAAAAUACCCGAAAAUCUGAAAUGUACCAAGGCGGGAGUUUUCAUAUCGGAUGGUGUUAGCUGUAACGGUUAUUAUUACUGUAAGGGCCACUCUGACGGCAAUAUAGAACUUAUACAUGGUGAAUGUCCUUUCGAAAGAUUUUUCGAUCCUAGUAAUGAUGGCGAGUGUGUGUUGCGCACAAAUAUUACUUGUCCUUACAAUCGUUGCGUUACUUUGGGCUAUCACAAUAUACAAUUGGCCAAUAUUGAUGAUGAUGGUUGCAGGGGUUUUUGGUUGUGUCAAGAGGGAGAGAUUAUCGGUCGAACAGAGUGUCCUAAUGGCAUGUAUUUUGAUGAACUGCUGCAAUUGUGCACACAUGAGGUGGUAAACUAUCCAGCAUGUGCGAAAUUAGACACAACUUUAAGACCAUUGACGGGGACCACGGAAAUCAUAAGUACUACAGAGUAUAGUGUAUUUAACAAUGAAUGAGGAAGUGGAGCUGUCGCAGAGGAGCGCUUUU